CGUACCCAAGCCUACCGUACCGCUGAAUGACGAACUAUCUGUUCAUCCCUUAGUCUUUCAGAGGUAAGAAUCACCAUGAUGCUGAGUAUUCUUGUGUUAGCAUUAUACCUGUCUUCCAGCCUUGCGCAUCCACAGUGCCUUGACUUCUACCCACCAUUUGAGCUUCCAUCAGAUAGCCAGGUAUUUUGUGAUGGUUACAAGGAUUUUGGUUGCUGUACACAGGUUCAGAAUGAAGCCAUCCGGGACAGGUAUCAGGCGCUCAAGAGAAACCUGCCCCAGAGUGCCUCCAAUGACUGCAGAAAUUACCUGAAGGAUAUCUUGUGUCAGGAAUGUUCGCCAUACGCGGCUCAUUUAUUUGAUGCAGAAACUACACACCGUAAGACGGCACUGCCAGGUCUGUGUGGGGCGUACUGCUCCUCUUUGUACAAUACAUGUCCAGAGGUGAUUCCUUUGGUAACAGAUGAUGUAGCACUCAUUGAAGCACAAAAUGCAGGCGAGAGCGCAUUUUGUGCUGCUGUAGAAAUCGGUGACAUGGACUAUUGUUACCCAAACAUCCUCCAGGAUACAUUUCUCGAUGACCUGGCUUGGGAUGCACGAACCGGCGGAGGAGACGGCUGCCUGUGCUUUGAAGAAUUUGCCAAUGGGCUGCGCAACCCCCUCCUUGCUGUUCAUGCCAACGACAAAACACACCGCCUCUUCAUAGCAGAACAAGUAGGAAUAGUCCAUGUGUACCUCAGGAAUGGCACACGACUGGAUGAUCCUUUCCUUGACAUCCAGGACACCGUGCUAACAUCAAGUCGAAGAGGGGAUGAGAGGGGCUUCCUUGGACUAGCCUUUCAUCCAAACUUUGUCAACAACAGCAGAUUGUUUGUCUAUUACACUACCACUUUAGCUUCCUCAGAGAUCAUAAGGAUAAGUGAAUUUCAAACCAUGUCUAAUGAUUCGAACCGGGUUAACAUGACAACAGAGAGGAUUAUCAUUGAUGUUGAGCAGCCUGCUGGUAAUCACAAUGGUGGUCAGAUGCUCUUUGAUGAUCAGGGCUAUUUCUAUGCUUUUCUUGGUGACGGUGGUCGAGGGGGAGAUCCAUUCGGACGUUAUGGAAAUGCCCAAAAUUUGGCCGAGCUUCUUGGAUCUGUGAUAAGAAUCAAUGUGGAUCAGCAAGAAAAUGGACUCGCGUAUGCCAUACCACCCGACAACCCAUUCGUCUCUUACAACAACAGCGAAAGACGUCAUGAGAUUUAUGCAUAUGGCACAAGGAACAUGUGGCGUUGUUCCAUUGAUCAGGGGGACAGGGAAACGGGGGAAGGAAGAGGGCGUAUGUUCUGUGGAGAUGUUGGCCAACACAGCUAUGAAGAGAUUGAUAUCAUUGAGAAGGGAGGCAACUAUGGAUGGAGAGGAAAAGAAGGAUUCUCAUGCUAUGAUAAUACUAUGUGUAAUGAUUGGCUGGAGAAUGAAGUUCUGCCCAUCCAUGCAUACCCUCACACUGUUGGCAAAUCUGUGAUCGGUGGAUAUGUGUACAGAGGAUGUCAAUACCCAAACCUAAAUGGAAAAUACAUCUUCGGAGAUUAUGUGUCAGGGCGAUUGUUUGAAUUAACUGAGAACACAUAUACUCAAGAAUGGAACAGUCGAGAAUUCUGCCUCGGAGAUAACACUGUUUGUACUGGGUCCAUGUUGGGAUCCUUUCCUAAGAAUAUCCUCUCAUUCGGCGAGGAUGAAGCAGGUGAGGUGUAUCUUCUGUCAACGAGUGAUGCCAAGACCACCGUACCUCAAGGGAAAGUCUUCAAGAUAAUUGAUCCACGAAAGAGAGGAAAUCCUGAGAAGUGCCUUAAAGAUAUCAGAGAUGUUGAUGUUCAUGGUCCUACCACACCAUUUGAACCAUCACCUACAGAAAACCUCAGGUGCCCUAAGAAAUGCAAAGGAGAUUACUUGGAGGUCGACAAUACCACAUACUGCGAUGCAAAGUUUGUGAUAACGGGUACAGUCCGGAAGGUGCAGCGUUUCAACAAUGAAUUGCGACUGAAUAUCUUUGUUGACGAACUCCACAAGAGAGCUUAUGACCUUCCUGCCAUACACGCAGGACGCAGGAUCUCAAUCUCACAGUACUCGCGGUCUGGCCGCUGCCGAUGUCCAAACCUAGAGGUUGGACAGACUUACUUUAUUCUUGGGGAUUACAAGUCAUCUUGGCAGAAGUUGAUCCUGAAAGAGUCUUCCAUCGUAAAGCGCUAUCAUUGGUACCACUCAGCCAUGAUCCCUCAGCUAAAUAAGGAAUGCAGGGCUAUUACCUUAGAGCUUUUAAUGAAAGAGUUUAGUUGAAGUACUAUUUAGAUGGUGAAAGUUCUGUCCAAAUACUGUUUGAAUAUUUCAAGAAUUUAGUCAAUGCUAUAAAUUCUUUUAUGCAAUUUGACCUGUACAAAAAAAAAUCAUUGAUAUUAUAAUAAUGAUAAUAAGAUAGGGUAUUUAUAUUGCGCACAUAUCCACCUU